AUGACCGACCGAAGCGCUGGUGGCCGCCGGAGGAGGUCUAGCAGUAUCCUCCAGGUCUACCAUGAACCCCCCGAGACGCUUGAACAGAUGAGCGAUCAGGCUGUUAUACCGAACAUGAACGCCAACUGGACAAACGCAAAAGGGGCCUGGACUAUCCACAUCGUCAUCAUCGCCUGUCUCAAGAUCCUCUACGAUGUUAUCCCGGGGAGUUCCCAGGAGGCGUCGUGGACGCUGACCAAUAUGACGUACAUGGUCGGCUCCUACAUCAUGUUCCACUACGUUCGCGGCAUUCCCUUUGACUUCAACGGUGGUGCCUUUGACAAUCUCAACAUGUGGGAGCAGAUCGACAACGGAGCCCAGUACACACCAACCAAGAAGUUUCUCCUCAGUGUCCCUAUUGUGCUAUUUUUAAUCAGCACACAUUAUACCCACUACGACUCAACAUAUUUUGUCAUCAACUUCCUCGCUACGCUGGCUGUUGUCAUUCCGAAGCUACCAUUUAGUCACCGAAUGCGAUUCAGCUUCUUUUCAGACAUUCCAGAAGAAGAGUGAUUGUUCCUUCGGGCUGCACAACGGCGUUUUGGGGUUCAAAUAAAUACGAGCUUAGGCAACAGGAAGUACAGCACAAAUACGAAAGAAGAAAAUGGAAAGAUACAAAAAAAAGGGUUGGAAGGUUAGGAGUAGCGGGGCAAAUGGGUAUCCUACACAACAUAGCGGGCAUAUUCGUUCAAUGAUUCCAGCCGAAAAUAAGGUUUAGUGUUCAUCAGCGAUAGUUUUCAAGGACAGCAAUUGGAUCUGGAGACUUGCGU